GCGAGCAUCGACGGUCCGGCGGUCACGAUCAUCGACAUCGAGGUAGUCAUCGCCACUCGUCCGAAUCCCAUCCGCACACAUUUAGUGACUCGUUCAGCUCGCACAGCGAAGGAGGCGGCGGUGGUGGUGGGGGUGCAGGCGGUGGUGGUGGUGGGUUCGGCGAGGGUGGAGCGCACGGACAUUCGUCCUCGUUUGGCGGGGGUGGUGGACACGACGCUCACGGUGGUGGUGCCGCAGCACACG